GCUGCUGUCUCGCCUCAGCAAUAUUUCUCUCUCUCUAAAUCUAACAUUAACUACUGGUGCCGAUCGUCCUUCCUCAAAUCUCACCCCACGAAAACCAUCAAACCUCAGAACCCAACGGUAUAACUAUCAAACCUCUCUCUCUCUCUCUCUAAGAACAACAGUGCCAUCUCCUCACGGUGUGGAAACCCAAAAGGGAGAGUAAGGAACCGGACCCAUCUCCAUUAUUUGGGUUCGGGCUCACCAUCUUCUCUCUCAUGCCAGAGGGGAAGGAUAUGCAGAGGAGAGAAGAACCCAAAAAAACCCUGUUUUCUCUCACCACCAAUGCUUGGUUUCAAAGGCAAGCCUAAUUGGGCUAAAAUCUGGGUGGCCCCAACUCCUCUCAAGCAUGGUGGCUUCAAAAUGCAUAUCAGAGCUUCAGAAGAAGAUGGAGAACCCAACAAAACAGGCCUUGAUCUAUUCUCUCUCCUUUCUGAUGAGCUCUUGGUAAGAAUUCUCACCAAAAUUCCGUCAAAUAACCAGAACCCAUGUUCUCUAGUUUGCAAAAGAUGGCUUAAAAUCCAUGGCCAACUGGUUUCUCACAUAAAAAUUCAUGAUUGGGCUUUUAUAGAGAGUGGUAGGCUAAUUUCGAGGUUCCCGAACUUGACUGAUGUUGAUUUGGUACCAGCAUGCAUAAAAACGCCUAGAAACUCCGGCAUUCUCAUAACCCACGAUUUAAUCAAGACCCAUUUGAGCUCUGAGUCCACUGAGCGAUUUAUACGAAGAGAAGACCAAAUUUCAGCGGAAUCACUCGACCGAGGGCUCGAGAUUCUCUCUCAAGGAUGCCCCAAUCUGCGAAAACUCAGUCUAAUCGAUAUCCAGAGGAGUUUUGAGGAUUCGGGUCGCUCAUUUUCGACGAUCGAUAGCAAGCUCAGCGAACAAAACCAGUCGGCUAUAGACACUGGGUUGUCAAAAAUUGCAUCCCAUUGUUCGAUGCUUCAAGAAUUGGAGCUCCACCAAUGUAGUGAUUGGAGCUUGAGGGCCAUUUCAGCUUGUCGCAACCUCCAAAUACUUAGGCUAAUUGGUUUCAUUGAUGGGUUUUAUGAUUCGGCAAUAUCAGAUAUUGGUUUAACAAUCUUAGCCCAUGGGUGUAAGAGAUUGGUUCGACUAGAACUGAGUGGGUGUGAAGGGAGUUAUGAUGGGAUUUGUGCCAUUGGAAAGUGUUGCUUUAUGCUUGAGGAGCUUACUAUUUGUGACCAUAAAAUGGACGAAGGAUGGAUUGCUGGUCUAUCAUUUUGUAGUAAUUUAAAGACUUUGAGAUUGGUGGGUUGCAAGAGAAUUGACCCAAACCCUGGACCCACUGAGCAUUUGGGGUUUUGCUCUGCUCUUGAGACAUUGCAGCUUCAGCACUGCAAUGUGAGGGAUAAGCAAAGCAUGAGUGCUUUGUUUCACGUUUGUGGGGCUGUGAGGGAGCUUGUCUUUCAGGAUUGUUGGGGCUUGGAUAAUGAGGCCUUUGCACUAAGCAGUAGUUGCAGACAAAUGAAGUUCAAUGUUAAAGAGGAAUUGGACCACACGGCAUCAUACAAAAUUCAAGGAGAAUGGCAAGGUUGUCUACUCUAAUUGGGGCUUCAGACAGAAUGGGGUCAAGUGAUCCUGACUAGGCUCACUAGGCAGGGUCGGCUAGCCAGAGAAGACUGAGAAAUACCAGGAGGUCCUAGCCUCUCAAGUAGGCUGGAAGAUCUAGAUACUGGAUGAUUUGGUCAUGGUCCUGAGGACCCCACAGCACUCGCCCUCCCCAUGCUGCCCUGCCAUCUGUACAUAUCUUCCGACUUUUCCUCCGCGGACAAUCAAGUUGUGCCUGGAAAUCAUCUUCAUCUUCUUUAUACGAAGGUGCAUAGUAAUCUUUCCCUACCUUCUCGAUCACUUUCUAUUUUUGUGCUGCUUUUCUUUUACUGUCAUGAUGUAUUGCAUCGUUUGUUGCUUGACAUUCACAGGAACGCUUAGACAAGACAAAACAUUUCUCCAAACUUUAGCUAGUUGAUGUUUUAAGCGUUUGAUACCAGCAGCCUUCUCUUUCCCAUAGGAUCUGCAUCUCACUUUAUCCCACAUUCACCCCAUACUACAAUUCCCGAUCCUUAAUCCUCCUCCUCAUCUCCUAAGUCUGCAAAAUCAUAAAUUAUUGUGGGGUCUAAGUCUAUAAAGACAUAUAUAAAGAUAUUUUAAAGUACAUUCAAUUUUAAACAUAAUUAUUUAGUUUUUCCUGCAUUUUAGGGAAAAUAUGAUUCUAUAAACAAAGCAUGCCGGACGCAUAAAAUGCAACCAAAAGCAUUUGUCGAAAAGGACAAAGCCAACAAGUGAUUCCCAUACAUCAAAAUUGUUGAGGAAUCUUAACUUUGGAAGCAAUCUAAGCAUGCGAGAGGCAUAAAAACCAUCUAAACAUCUCAUGAGUAUCAUUGGCUUAAAAAAAGAAAUCCCAACAAGUGAUUGCCACAGGUAUUAAUUUAUUUUAUUUUAUUUUUUAAAAUCGAAAUAUGAAAAUUUGAUUUUCUGAAUCUUUCGAGAGGCAAUAUUAUUUUCAAAACAUUUUUAAGCAUGCUAGAGGCACAAAAAACAAAAAAAAACAUUUCGUUGGCAUGGUCAAAUUGACAGAAAGAAACCCCAAGAAGUAAUUUCCACGUAUAUGCACGUAAAAAAAAUUCUGCAUGUAUGAUAAUAUAGAAAAAAAAUCUUACUGAUUUUUGUGAGAGAAUGCAACAAACAUACAGUAUUAAAGAAAGGAUAACUAAGUGUGUUCAUACAAAAUAAAUUCAUUUAUACAAAUUUGAUGACAAUCCUCCAAAGAUGCGUACUGUGCGAAUCAAGGCCUCCAAUCUUUGUAAAUAGAUUCUCAAAUGCCCCAAAUGAUAACCCCUAAACUAUACUUUUUACUUGAUCGAAAGAUUUUGAAAUUUGUGCCCAAACACUAAUUUCAUAUUCCAAAUCUCAUAUGUUCAAGAUUUUGUGUUUUGUGUUUUAGUCCAAGGUUUGGAUUGGACAGAGGCCAGAAAAGUAGGCCUCGAGACAGAUUUUCAGUGAUCUGAUGAAGAAGUAAGAGAAGGCGGUUGGACUUCUGUUCCGCUUUUGUUUUUGCAAAUAAUUUCGGAUUUGAUGAGUCGUGCCAGACUUGGUCUCAACUUAGGGACCCGCCCAAGCAAAACAAAAAAUUCCCGAAUCACUGCUAGGAGGUUGGGGAAUAAUAGGGGUCCAAAUGAGUCUGUGCUUAAUUGUUGCUGAGUUUUUAUCUUUAAUAAGUUGCUUAGUAUCUUGUUGCAACUUAGGAUACCUGCGUAAGCAUUGCACACAGUAGUUGGCAUCUGAUUAUAGGAUUCUUUUAUCUACGGGAAUGAAACGAUUCUUUUAUCUACGGGAAUGAAACGAUCUGGCAUUUCUUAUUUACUCAUGCUGCUUUUGUUUUGGGGAAACUUGGCUCGUCUAUAUAGUUUUACUGGAUUUGUCAUUGACACUGCACUGCAAGAAUUACACUGAUUUUAUCUGUUAUAUGAAAUUACCAUGAGUUUCCCGAACAACAAAUGAAAAUAACCUCCACUUUAUAUUUUCAGAAUGAGUCUGUAUGUGUGUGUGCAUGUGUGUGCAAGUGUGUGAGUGUGUGCAUAGCGUGCAUGUGCGCGUGCCUGCGUGUGCGCAUCUGAAAACUUAAGGGAGUUGUAGCCCCAGGUUCCUGUUGCAUCCUUUGCCUUCAAAAUCACUCAAUGGGAGUGUACUCUCGAGAAAUGCAUGAUAAGAUUUCUUUGAUAAGCCGCCCAAUCUUCUAUACAUCUACAUGCACCCAGCUAGACUUGCAGUUAAGGGUGGGCCAUGACUGAAGUUUCUGACCACCAUGACUCUACUUCUGUCUCUAUUGCUCACCAACUCCCUGUACUAUUCACUAGAGAGAGAGAGAGGGGGACUUCUCACUGCUGCAGUAGUCUGCUCACUUUGCAGCUUCCCUGUGGUUCUCACCGCUCUCAUGGUACAUCCAUCGCUGUAUGAGAAGAGGGUAGAAAGAAACACUCUCUUCAGACUGCAAAACAUGAAAUAACAUGUCCUUUUCAUUGUUGAUCAUAAAUCAUUUGUAAACUGGCUUCGAUUUGUUAAGAUCUUUAAAAAUCUCGAUGUAUUGUAGUGUACUAUUCUUGUUUGUAACAUCUUAUGUGCCCCA